CUUUGACUUGACUACCUUGGAUGCUCACAGUGGCUUCUGGCGUAGAUGGACGAGUAUAAAAACGCCGGGCAAGAGUCGAUCAAUAGCAUUCUUACCGAGCUCCUCUCCUACUCACCUUAAGCGAACGACGAUGAAGUCCACGAUUGCUUGCCUGUUGGUGUUGGCUGUUGCCGCCCAAGCCCAAUACUUUGGUAACUACGGAUACGGACUCGGUGGAUUUGCUGGAUAUCCUGGAUAUGCUGGAUAUUACGGAGGAUACUACCCCUACACUGGUGUUCGCACUGCUGCCGUCCCUGCUACCGUCCCUGCUUCCUAUCCCGUCCGUGCCGCAUACCCUGCUUAUGGCUACCCCGCUUUCUCCGCCAGCCAGUUCCACGCACAGGAUGAGCUAGGCCAGGCCCGUUUCGGCUACGCUCAUCCCGGACAGGCGUCCACCAACUACCGCGAUGCACUCGGCAACCAGAUCGGCAGCUACGCUUACAUCAACCCGGAGGGUAAAGAGGUCCGCGUUUCAUACACCGCCGACCACCGCGGCUUCCGCGUCUUGUCCAACGACCUGCCAGUUUCUCCCUUCGCCAAUUUGGUAGCACCUGUUCAGGUCCAAGACACCCCAGAAGUCGCCAAAGCUAAGGCUGAGCACGCUGCCGCUGUUACUGCCGCCAAGUCCGGAUACGUCCCUGCUGCCCCCGUUGCUGUUCUCCCAGCUCCAGUUCAGGACACGCCCGAGGUAGCUGCCGCCAAGGCGGAAUUCGCCAUCAAGUACGCCGAGGCUAAGGCCGCCGCUACCCCAGCUGCUCCAAUCCGCGCUAAACGCCAGAUCAUGAGCUACGGUGCCGCUCCGUUCGCUUACAACUACGGUUACGCCGCUGCUCCUUUCGCCUACAACUUCGCUGCCCCCGCUGUCGUGGCUGCUCCAGCUGUGCCCGUUCGUGACGCCACUCUGACCAAGACCAUCCUCACCCCUGGACACGCCGUUGCUUACCGUGUCGAUUAAAAUCGAACAGCAUUCCGGCUUCAUUCGUCUCUGACCAUUUUUUUUGUUUUGUUUUGUUUUGUUUCUGAAAUCGUUUUUUAUCAAUCGUUUUGCAAUAAAAAAAAAAAAAAAUUAUGUCUCUAUUAAA